AUGCCCCGAUCCCACAUGGACCCGCCCGGCAUGCACUUGUCCCCGCAGAGGACGCUCCCUUCCGGACAUGUGGACACGGGACCUGAGCAAUCUUGUCCAGUCGGACAGCAGCCGCCGUUUUGGCAAAAGGCCCCCGAGUUGCACCACCCGCCGUCGCUCGUGUUGCAGCAUUGGCCGCCUCUCGGGAUGCAGCCUUCGUCGCAGUUGUUCGCCUCCGCGCCGCACGAUCUUGUGGUCUGCCGUGCCGCCAGCAACGUCGCUGGGGAUGUGUUGCCUUCUGGUAGCGCUGACUCGAGUGUGCGGAAGGGAAGUUGUCGCAUCGUGACUGUCUGGUCACAGGUGCUCUCUCGGGUGCUCAUCAAGGGCGAAAAGUUCGGGAGGGCGGCGUGGCAGGACCGGGAGGCGAAACUGCGACAGCAGAUGCUGAACCUCUUCCCGGAGAACGAGGAACCGUCCGCGCGCCAAGGAGUCGCACCCGACGCCGCUCCCGCCGCAGAACCUCAACCGAGGGGAGACGUCAAAAUCGUGUCCAUCGACCUCCAGCCCAUGAGCCCGCUGCAAGGCAUCAUCACCCUCCGAGCCGACAUUACCCACCCCGCUACCGUGCCUCUCCUAUUAAAAGCGCUAGACCCGUCCUACGACCCCAAGUCCAUGAGCCAGCAGGCCGUGCAACCCGUUGACCUCGUCAUCAGCGACGGCGCGCCCGACGUUACCGGCCUGCACGAUCUCGACAUCUACGUGCAGUCGCAGCUGCUCUUUGCCGCUCUCAACCUGGCCCUGUGUGUCCUAAAGCCCGGCGGCAAGUUCGUAGCCAAGAUCUUUCGAGGUCGCAACGUCGACCUGCUCUACGCCCAGAUGAAAAUCUUCUUCGAAAAGGUCGUCGUCGCCAAGCCCCGCUCAUCGCGGGCAAGCAGCGUCGAGGCCUUCAUCGUCUGCAUCAACUUCCGGCCCCCUCCGGGCUUCAAGGCGAGCCUGGAAGACCCGCUGGGCGUGGGCCAUAAGCUCGCAUCGCUGGUUGACGAGAGGAGGCGUCAGUUUCCGAUAAUCGCCGAAGCGAGCACGCAAGAUCCCGCCAGCGGAACCUGGGGAGGUGCCUCUGCUACUCACAGCUCAUUCUCUUCCACAGAGGACGUUGUCGAAGUCGAAGCGUUCGAUGAGCAGGCUGAAGAGGGUCGGGGAGCAGGCUUCUCCGUCUUUGGAGAAUCCCUAUCCACCUCGACCAAAGGCUUGCCAGACCCGAGCGACUGCCUCUUUUGGGCCCUCUACCCGUUCGACAACAACAACCUACCCGAGCUUCGCGCCCCCGUCUUGUCCUCUCGACCGGAAAUCGCGAUGGAAAUACAGCAGUGGCAGCGUGCCGACUCCGACAUUGACAGGAGCUCGGUCGAUUCCUUUGGCCAGCACGACGAUGACUGUCCGGGUUGUCAGAGGAUUCUCAAAGCGGAGGAGGAGAAAUUCAGGAGCGUGACUGCAGUCUGCGAGGCUGUCGAGGAGGUGGGAUCAAGUCGCGGGCUAAAUCGAGAAGAAGAUAUGUCGCUACCAACCCUCAGCUCAACCAUUGGGUUAUUGUACCCCGACGGCGCCUACCCGCAAGCUCCUCCUGAGCUCAUCCACAAGCUUCACCACGAUAGCUCCGUGUUGACGAUCGCAGUUCGCCCCGACCUUGAGUACAUCUUCGCUGGCACCGAGGGCGGCGAGAUCGUUGUCUGGUCCCUCGACACUUUUCGCCAGGUCUUUCGAGUCCAAGCCCACAAGCGCGGUGUGCUGUCCCUCUCACUCUCCCCCGAUGGCUCCCUUCUCUUUUCUAGCGCCGGCGACCCGCUCGUCAAUGUGUGGUGCCCAAAGUCCAUGACCCGCCUUUACGAAAUUUACAGCACAUACGACGUCGGCGAUCUCUUUUCCAUUGCCUAUAGUCAGCAGCGCGAUACUCUCUAUAUCGGUGCGCAGAAUACCAGCAUCCAAUGGGUCACCCUGACCGACCCAAAUGUCCGCGUGCCUCGCGAUUCCGCCCGCCACCCCGAUCGCAGGAACCACCGCUUUUUCGACUCGAAAGCUGUUGGUGGGACUUGCACUCCUCGCCGCAGCGACCAAAAAUGCGCCCUAAUUCCCAAGGCAGACACUGUCCUCGAGAUCGACCCGAGCGCCGUAUACAACUUCGCGCAUUACGGAUACGUCUACUGCAUGUUGAUGGCAAAAGGUCCCACUGUGCUGGUAGACUCGGACGAAGAUGUUUUGAUAUCAGGUGGUGGAGACGGCACCAUCAAGCUUUGGCGGCUAGGAGUCGAUGAGCCGAGCGAUUCGGAUAGCCGGUCCUCCGAUGUGGAGCACGGUAUCACGGAGAUCAUGUCCCUGGGUGCCGAUGACGCCGAGUCCGUUUUGUCACUAGCUAUUGACGGAUCUUUCCUUUAUGGCGGCAAGAUUGAGGGCAUCAUUGAACUAUGGGAUCUGGAUACCAAGCAGAAGCUGAGAUCAAUCAAGGCGCAUAGGAGCGACGUGAUGUCUCUGCAGAUGGGCUGGGGUAUCUUGUGGAGUGGAGCUGCGACCGGAUCUGCUGCUAAACAUAACACGGCGCAUUACGGGGAAUACAAGGAAAAGAGUGGCGAUGUGAGCCAAAAGUACCAGUGCCUUAGUCGGUGGAAGGCGCACGAUGGCAAGAUUCUCUCCUCUGCGGUCACUGCCUACAAUCACCACAACUACUUCAUCACAGGUGCGAAUGACGACGAAGUUUGCAUCUGGAAGGCCAACACCUCCGAAAAGCACGCAGAGGAAACCAUCGAUGAUAGCGUCUUCACCUCCACUCUUAGGGAAUUCGUUUCCUACAAGACGGUAUCUUCACGGCCCGAGUUUGCCGAAGACUGCCGAAAGGGCGCGACGUUUUUGGGUGCCCUCUUCAAGAGGUUAGGCGGACAGGUAGAGAUGUUGAGCACGGAAAAGGCCCAUAACCCGGUCGUUCUAGCCACAUUCCAAGGCAAACGAGAACCCAAGGAGCAGAGGAAGAGGAUUCUCUUCUAUGGCCAUUAUGACGUGGUCCCCGCCGACAACAAGAAGGGAAACUGGACAUCUGGCGAUCCCUUCAAGAUGGAAGGCAGGAACGGGUACCUGUACGGACGCGGUGUCAGUGACAACAAGGGCCCUAUUCUAGCUGCCUUGUUCGCUGUGACGGAUCUCAUGCAAGCCAAGGCUCUAGAAAAUGACGUGGUGUUCCUCAUUGAGGGGGAAGAAGAGUAUGGCUCCAGGGGCCUGCAAGAGACUGUCCGGAGGAAUAAGUCGGUAAUUGGACAUGUCGACUAUAUCCUCCUCGCCAACAGUUACUGGCUGGACGACGAGGUGCCUUGUCUGACCUAUGGUCUGCGUGGAGUGUUGCACGCGACUGUCUGUGUAGACUGCAACUUCCCUGAUAGACACUCCGGUGUGGACGGUUCAUGCCUCAAGAAUGAACCACUCUCAGACCUGACCUCGGUUUUAUCCAAGCUCAAAGGCCGAGGCAACCAGAUCCUCAUUCCCGGGUUCUACGAUAACAUCCUUCCCAAGACACGUGACGAGGAGGAGCAAUUCAACGAGAUUGCCAGGAUCCUCAUGAAGAGGCAGCCCGAGCUCGGCCCUCUUGAUAGACAAAAGGCACUGCUCUGCGCCCGCUGGAGGGAACCCAACCUCACUAUUCACAGAUACAAGGUCUCCGGUCCCGACGGCAGCCUGGUGAGCAGCCACGCGAGCGCCAGCAUCAGUUUGCGACUGGUACCCGGCCAAGAGGUUGACGAGGUCAUCAAGUCUCUGCAGUCGUACCUCCAGUCCGAGUUUGCCAAGCUUGAGUCCGACAAUAGCUUCACUCUCAAAGUGGACAACAAGGCCGAGCCCUGGCUGGGUGACCCUAAGAAUUACAUUUUCCGCACUCUUGAGCGUGCGCUGAUGGAGGUUUGGAGCGAUUCGUUUGAGCCAGCCGAAGCCGGUAACGAUCACGAAGAUGGCAGCGAGAGCGACAGCGAGAGCGAGACGGACGACGAAGAGGCCAGCUCCAUCCCCGAACCAGUGAGCCAGCCUUCCAGGGCCCCGAAGCCCAAGAGGCCCCUCUUCAUCCGCGAGGAGGCUCCAUUCCUGCCAUCCGUUUCCUCGAAAAAGAGUUUGGGGCCCCCGCGGCCCAUCUUCCCUGCGGCCAAGCCAGCGACUCGGCUCAUUUGGACAACGAGCGCUUGCGCAUUUUGA